UUGAUUUAGUUACGUCAUGCGAUCUAUAUAGCUGCUUAGACGCUCUGGAUGUCGCCAUUUACACGUACGAGUUUAGAUAUCAAGGUGUAUAGGACGAGGUAUCGUCUUAUCGUUAUACAGAUUACGGUCGCAUCUCUCGAUCAGCUUCAGGUCAUCGAGGUCUCAUUUUCGUGCGCGGCGGUCGCAGGUACGGUUGAAGGAUGACUACCAGGGAAGAAACGUCGAAAUCGGAAGAUAAGGCGGCGGUGGAAGAGGUCAAGCAGGAGCAGCCGCAGGGGGUCAUCAGGAGGAGCAUAACGGCAAAUGGUACCAUAGAAAACAUUGAGGUUGGCCCCUCGGAGAACGCGAAGUCGCAUCCAGAGUCCCCCAAGAUGAGCCCUCAGCAGGAGCAAGAAGUCAAACAGGCCGAGCUGCAGUACAAAGGGGAGAACUUCGAGAACGGGGGUGGCGCCACUCAGUUCGUCGCGGACGAUGGUAGUAUUAUCGCGACUCCUCAAGACUAUUACAAUUCGGUGCAUAUGACCAAUAUGUCUGAGCCGAUCGAACAGGCUCAGAACGACUAUACGAAUCUUGAUUGCGUGCCUGGUGGUGAACACUAUGCCGGAUAUCCGAAUGACGGGACUCCAUAUCUUGUUCAGUACGGUCCUCAGCAGUAUUUUGCUCAGGAUAGCCCGCCGAAUAGUACGGUCCUAUACAGGAAUGAUCCAAACAUGGGAACUAGAUACCAGCAAAACUACGAGAUCCAGACCAGCGGCUCCCCUUCGUCCAGCAACCAGGUAACCCUUCUGAGCCAGCACGGCUCUUUCCAGUACACGCCGUCGAACACUUCGACGCCCUGGCAAGGCGGGCACCAGGAGGUCGACUACUACAACGGCACCGCCGUCCACCACGGUGCUACCGCCCCGGCGGGCGAGCAGUACGCGUACAGCACCUGGACCGCCUCCAACUCCCCAGAGGAGAACUCCCAAUUGCGAGAGCAUGGUACCAGAAGGGCGGGGGUGUCAUGUGCGAACUGUAAAACAACAACUACAACCUUAUGGAGGCGGAACAACCAGGGAGAACCUGUUUGCAACGCUUGUGGACUCUAUUUCAAAUUACAUGGGGUGCCUAGACCGCAGUCUAUGAAGAAGGAUGGCAUACAGACCAGGAAGAGGAGGCCCAAAGGGAGCUCAGCACCUUCGCCACACCAUGCUUCACCACCCUUAGGACAACCCAGACUGACCCCCCAACAUUUCCAUUAUGAAAUACCUGCAGACCAAUAUCAACUUCCAGUGACAACACCUUUUCAUAAUCAUACUGUAGAGUUCGCCAAUAGAAGGAUAUCCAGUGCAGAGAUUCAACUACUCAACCAGAAUGUUGCGCCUCUGCAGCCAGUAAUGGUUGGCAUACCCGAAGAACAAACAUCUGUCAUAACGUCAGCUGCAGAACAAAGCAGAUACCAAAACAAUCAGGAAGAAGCGCACGUUAAAGAUGAUAACAGCAACUGAGAAGAAGGUGCCACAUAAACCAAAAAUGUUCUUGCCAUAUGGAAUAAAUGACAACAGGUGGAAUAGAAAUAGAAUGGAUGAGUGUUAAACGAAACUUGCAAAAAAAUGAUGUAUAUAUUGUAUUAUUGAUAUAUUCUAGCAUUGAACGUUUAAAUUAUUUAUAUUGGAGAAUUUUAAUUUUAAGUUUAUACCAAAUGUAUAAAUCUAGUCUGCUCUGAAGCACGAUUUGUAUGUAAAUAUUUUUUUUUAAUAAAAGUAAUAUAAAAUAUGA